UGUUGGCCUAAUCCAUGUUCGGAAGGAACAAAAUGUGUUGAAGCACGGAAUGGGCAACAUAUAUGUGUCAGCUUUGAUGUGUAUUGUGAUAACCACAAGUGCAAAAAUGGUGCCACGUGUCGUAAUUCAGUCAACGGCUACAUCUGUUUGUGUCGUAGUGGGUAUCAUGGGCAAUUCUGUCAAAAGAGGUACUGUGAUAACCACACGUGUCAUAAUGGUGCCACGUGUCGUAAUGAAGUCGAUAGGUACACCUGUUUAUGUCCUAAUGGGUAUCAUGGGCAAUACUGUCGAAGGUAUAUCGGAUAUUGAAUUGAAAAGCAACAAUACGGUUCAGAGUGUUUUAGUAUUUACUUUAAAUUUAUGUGAUUUAAAAAACAAAAAAUCAGACUGUUUUCUGAAGAUUCAAGUCAAGGAUAUUGAAUUGAUAUUUAUAAACAUCAACAUAUUUCUGAUUUUGAACUUACCAUGAACAAUGAUGAAAGAAGUGACAUUUUUAUGGUUUCUUAUCUGCAUUUUAAAUCGGCAAUAGAUUCAGUGCAAACAUUCAACAGUUGAUAAUAUGGCAACUUCAUUUAAUUUGUGAAAAUGUUGCCGUUAUGUUUAAAAUAAUCACUCACAAUUUCCAGCUAUCUAGAAUGACUGAAGUAUAUUAUUACGAUUAGCACAAAUGAAAC